AUGGCGCCAGACAGCGAGGGAGAUAACUGGUACACCAUCGUUUCUUCUUUGCCGCUGAAAGAGGAACCAACCGCCACUAAGAGGCAGCAAUCAACUACCUCCACAGGAACCAUAUCAUCAACGCUACCUACUCUUCGGUCUGAACUUGUGGAAGAAAUAUUGUGCAGCAAUGCAUCCAACUCUAGCAGCGUCACACAGACACAACUCAAGUGCCCAAUUUCCUUGAAUAACUAUUUGGAAAUUUGCUCUUGCGACGGUAUUCUCUGCUUCUCCUUUGCUGGACAUUCUGCUUUUCUGUGGAAUCCUUCCCUUAGAAGAUACAAUAUGUUGGAAAUUAGCAUUGGAUAUGAUAAUUUCAAUGAUGUUUAUAAGGUUGUUGCUGUUUCUUUCUUCAAUGACAAAAACAGAGAAGUUAAUGUUCAUACUUUGGGUACUAAUUAUUGGAGGAGGAUCCAGGACUUCCCGUAUUCUCAAUCCAUACCUGGACCGGGUGUAUUUGUGAGUGGUACUAUUAAUUGGUUGAUAUAUGAUGUUUCAGUUUCAAGUGGUGUGGAACAAGAAUUCUUGGAUGAUGCUGCAGAAGUGAAAUGGGAGAGGUCACUGGGAAGAAGAAAUGACCUCUCCUAA